AUGGGAUUUCUUCACAAGCUCUGGGACGAAACUUUGGCGGGGCCCGCACCAGAAUCGGGCCUCGGUAAGCUGCGCAAGUACAACUCUUUCAACGCGGCCGGGCAGCCGCCGCCGCCUGACGACGUCCAGAUCUCUCGGAGCAUCACCGUCCUCCGCGGCAACGCCCACCGGAAUCUCACCGUCUCCGUUGACUCUCAAUCGGCGCCUUCGUCUCCUUCUGGAUCCACUGCUCCAAAUUCGCCAUUUUCUCCGAGUAGCCCGGGUGGGAACAUUAAGAAGCUGUCGAGGAGAAAAUCUGCUGCUAAUGCUAUGCACAACUCCGAGCCCAAGAGCCCCACAAGUCAAACAAUUGCAUUUUAUUUCCAGGAUUCUGCUAAAUUCAUGGGACCGUUGAAUGGCUUUGGAGGCAAGUGA